AUGGAGCCCGACUGGAUCACCCCAAUGCAAGAGGAGUUAGUAGAGUUUGAAAGAAACAAAGUAUGGAAACUAGUACUAAAGCCAAAAAAAGGCCACACAAUUGUUGGUGCUAGAUGGGUAUACAAAAACAAGCUUGAUAAUUCCGGCUUCGAGAGUCAAGAAUUUCCAAAUCACUGCUAUAAGCUAGAAAAAGCAGUAUACAGUCUUAAACAAGCUCCAAGGGCAUGGUAUGAGACUAUUUCUGAGUUUCUUGUCACGUCUGGAUACAAAAGAGGUGUAAUUGAUCCCACUUUUUUUAGAAGAGCAAAUGGUAAUCACUUAAUGCUUAUCCAAAUAUACGUGGAUGAUAUCAUCUUUGGAUCCAUAGAUCAGGGUAUGGUGAAUGACUUUGCAAAGCUCAUGACAAGUAAAUUCCAAAUGAUCAUGAAUAGAGAGAUUAAUUUCUUUCUAGGAAUUCAAUUCAAACAAGUCCCUCAAGGGAUAUUCACUCAUCAAGAGAAAUAUACCUCUGAGCUGCUGAAGAAAUUCUCAAUGGAUAAUUGUUCCUCAGCCAAGGUCCCGAUGGCCUUCGGAUACAAGAUCUCAGCUGAUCCUACCGGAGAAUCAGUUAACCAAAAAGCAUAUCAUGGAAUGAUUGGGUCAUUGAUGUACCUCACUGCAAGUAGACCGGGCAUUGUCUUUCCAACAGGCUUAUGUGCUAGGUACCAAGCGGAUCCCAAAGUAUCUCACUUGACCGCAGUCAAGCAAAUUAUUAGAUACUUACAAGGAAGUAAAGAGUUAGGCCUCUGGUACCCUGCAAGAAAUGACUUCAGCCUCCAAGCUUUCACGGAUGCGGAUCAUGCUGGAUGUAGAUUAGAUCGAAAAAGUACUUCAGGUGGAUGCCAAUUCCUAGGAGGAAGACUAGUCAACUGGUCUUCAAGGAAGCAGAAUUGUGUCUCGUUGUCUACCGUAGAAGUUAAGCAUGUGGCCGAAGCCAGUUGCUGUUCCCAAGUUCUAUGGAUAAAGACUCAACUCAUGGAUUAUGGAUACAGAAUGUUGUGGGUAACCAAUUAA